ACAAUUUACCGUUUAAAAUGUGAAUAUUGGAAAAAAUCUUACAAGAAUAAGUAGCGUUACUGCAGGGAAUACUGGUCAUUAUUCGUCAAUGAAGUUGACUAGGCAUUUCCAUAAUUUCGCCUGAAUAAUUGUUGUCAACUUAUUGUGCAAAUGCAUCUCAUUGAAUGACUAAAUUUAUUUUCCAUUUGAAUCAGAUAAUCCCAGAGUCAAACUUGAUUAAGAUUAUGAUAGUGUUUGGUAAACAAUUUUGCAUUCAAAUAAAAAAGGAAUUUUUUGUGGGAUGAGUUCUUACUUGUCUCUCGUUACUAGUGAAAGUCGUGUCUCGUGAUCUUAAAAAAUUUAAAAUGAAAUCAAGCCCCACUUGGAUGUUCUUUUUUUGGGUGAUGUGCAUCCAAUUGUGCAUCGAACUCACUCAAACAGCACCAAUUUGUUCCGAAAACGAAGUAUUUAUCGACGAAGAAGAAACCUUUAUUGCUUCUCACGCUUACCGAAUGAAAUCCUUGAUGAACACUUCCGUCGAUCCGUGUUAUAAUUUUUACGAAUAUGCUUGUGGGAAUUUUCCAAACAUUAUCCAGGAUUUGGAAACAACAACCAUCAAGCGAUCGACCCUGUCUGAUUUGAUGUUCGACAUUUAUGACAAAAUGGAUGAUAUUCUCCAAAAACCACGUAAUCAUAGUGACGAAUAUUACAAUGAACUGGAAGUGACAAAAAAGUUUGUGGAUACUUGCGCCAGUGCUAAACUCUUUCCCAUGGAACCAAGACAGGAAUAUUUGCAAGUGAUCAAGGAUAUUGGAGGAUUUCCUGCCAUCGAAACAAAUUGGGAUGAGCUGUCUUUUGAUUGGUUCAGUAUGACAGCGUAUCUAACUCGGUAUGGCAUUGUUGGUUUUGUUGACGAGAAAAUUUUACCAACUUAUCCAUUCAAACCAAUUUACUAUCUCCCAAAACUAGGCUUUGGAAUUAAUGUCUAUCAGGAGAAUUUUGCCACAAAUAAGUCCGACGGAUAUGUUUACAAUGAGAAUAUUAUGAAGAACCUUCUGCAAGUGUAUGGAGUGCCAGAAACUAAAGCUUCUCAAGUGAUAGAGGAAAUUUUUGAAUUAUGGCGGGAAAUAUUGAAACUCAAAGCUAAGUUGCCUAAUGGAGAUUUGGUCGGUAUUAGUAAUGAAUGUCGAAAACUGUCCGCUGUGGAAGACAUUGAACCAGGCUUCUUGAAAUGGUAUAAUCUCUUUCCAAUCGCCUGGGGUAAGACUGAUUUUAGAAUUUCAUAUGAGUCUUAUUGCCCGUGCGACUGGUUUUAUAACAAACUUGACUUUUUAGCCAAAAAGAAACCGAAAGCAUUUGCCAAUUAUAUGGCUUUGAAGUUUCUCUAUGAAAUGUAUCCUCGUUUGAUUUCGACGAAGUUCCAACGAAGACAGUGUCUUGCUAUCACAAAAGGUGCCUUGCCGACUAUAUUUUCUCAUUUCUAUAUGAAGGAACAUUACAAUAAGGAAAACGAAGGUGAUAUUAUGGAGAUGAUCACAGAGUUGAAGACGGCUUGGAAAUACUCAAUAAACACAGCAGAUUGGUUGGAUGAUAACGCGCAUGAUGAGGCUUCAAAGAAAUUGGAAAAUCUUCGUUCGCGAAUUGGUCAAAUGGUUGAUCCCAUUUAUGACAUGUACAUAAAAAAAAUCAACUCCCUUAAACCAACAAAUAAUGUGGCACUCAACAUCCUUGAAUUAGCUAAGUUUAAAGUUAAUAUGCGUCAUUAUGGUAAUUUACAUCCAAUUGAAACCAAUAAAACAUUAGCUUACGACAUUCUAGAUGGAACUAUUGUAAGAGCUUUUUAUAUGCGUUUGGAGAAUAUGCUUGGUUUGAUGGCUGGAAUACUUCAGUCUCCAGUUUAUCAUAAGAACUAUCCCAAUUCUAUAAAAUAUGGUACUCUUGGGUAUAUUAUUGGACAUGAAAUUGGUCAUGGAUUUGAGGGAUAUGGAUUUGCAGUAACUUCAAAUCGAACUCAACGUUUGUGGUUAUCAAAGAAGUCCAAAGCGAUAGUAGAUCAGGAGUCAAAAUGUUUUAUAGAUGAUUAUAGUAAUUUCAAGGACCCAGGAUUUGAUCAAAAACUUAAUGGAAUGAAAGCGCUUAGUGAAAUUGAAGCUGAUAGUUUUGGACUGAGACAGGCAUUCACGGCUUAUAAAACAGUCCUGAAAAACGGUUUGAAACAUGAAGGUGAUGUGUUUUUAGAAAAAGAAACUGUUCCAGGAUUGAAUUUUAAUCAUGAAAAAACAUUCUUUCUUGCAUUUGCUCAACUUUAUUGUGCGAAAUAUGAAUCAAGACAUUAUUGGAAUGAAUGGAAUGAAAAUCAUCCACUGAAUAGAUAUCGAGUUAUUGGCACUCUUAAGAAUUUCGAUGAAUUUUCAAAUGUUUUCAAUUGUCCUGUUGACAGUCCGAUGAAUCCUACGCAGAAGUGUCGAUUGUGGUAG